AUGUUUGAACAUAAACUUGAAAUUACAGAUAAGAAUAAAUUUAAUAUUGAUAAUAAGUGUAAAAUAUCAUUAGAUAAUGAUUGUUUUGAUGAUAAAAGCUUAGAUGAUAUAGAUAUUCAACAACCAGCUACAAACAAUAAUCAAUUUCAAAAUAUAUCUAGCA